GACUCUGACUCGGGGCCUUGAGGCCAUGUGUCACGAGUUAGACGAGGACGAUUUUACGCUGUCGGACGAGGACGACAGCAACAACACGGUGGUGAGGGGGAAAUCUCCGGAUGUCCUUGAGACUACGGCAGAUAAACCUUCACCACAGUAAAGCAGCAUCCGCUGCUCUGAUGCUCCGCCUGGCUGGAGGCGGAGACGAUAUAGUACUAGUCCAAGAACCUUGGGUGAUUGGAGGCAAGGUUUGCGGACUAGGAAAUAAAAAUUAUAAGCUAUUAGUAGCUGGAAACGAAGGUAAAAAACGUACCUGCAUCCUCGCGAAAAAACAUCUAAAUAUUUUUCUGCUCCAUAAUUUUAGUAAUGAUGACAACACAGCGGUAAGCCUGGAGCUCCAGUCAGCUUCGGUAAGGCUACUGUCUGUCUACAUGGCCUACGACAGCGCCGGCCCACCACCAGACGAGACUACAAGAUCCCUCGUCCAGGAGUGCGAGAAGCACAGCAUUGGCCUAAUCAUAGGCUGUGACGCCAAUGCUCACCACACCCAGUGGGGGAGUACGGGCACAAAUCCGAGGGGUGAGUCACUCUUAUCCUACAUUCUUAGUACUAACCUCUUAGUAUGUAAUACGGGAAAUGAUCCCACUUUUAUUAUUAAAAAUAGAAGAGAGGUCAUUGAUCUGACCCUUAUCUCACAAUCUAUGAGCGAUCAGCUAAUAGGUUGGAGAGUGUCUGACGAUCACUCCUUCUCUGAUCACAGAUACAUUGAAUUUGAGCUCCUCGCGAGCCAUCCAGAACCAGUUCACUUCAUAAAUCAAAAGAAGGCGAACUGGAAAAUUUUCAAAGCCAAACUUGACCGAACCCUUUCGGAACACCCACCGAAAGGCCCGGACAACUUAGCUCAUCUCUGCAAUCUGACAGAGACUUUUACUUCUGCAUGCAAUAAGGCUUUUAAGGCAGCUUGUCCUAUCAGUAAGCCUGUGCACAAGAAGAAACCACCAUGGUGGACACCUCAACUAAAUGUCCUUAGACAAAGUUGCAGGUCUCUCUUUAAUGCAGCGAAAGCGGAAAAUAACGACCAGCAAUGGUCAAAAUACAAAUUAAGUCUGGCUGAAUAUAAAAUAGCCACCAGACGAGAAAAAAGGAAAUCUUGGAGAGAUUUCUGUACGGAGAUCGAUUCAACUACAGAAGCUGCAAGGCUUAGGAAAGUUUUAUCAAAAACCACACCUGCACUUGGUUAUCUGAAGAAGGAUGACAGAAGGAAACUGGCUACAUGA